UCUGUGCUCUGAUCUCUCCACUAAUGAAUUCUCAGCUGUAUGGGAUAAGGGAUGAGAACUUUCUGUCAGAAGGAUGUCCACGAAAAGUCUCUGAUAGGAUGGUAAAUGUAUUUAUUAUUGCCGCAUUUACUGCAUCUAGAUAUUAAGCACACUGGAUUGUUGGUAAAGGACAUUCUUUCAAGAUGUGGGAAUGCAGCAAAAACUCCCUUCUGAGGAUGUCCACGUGUGACCGGAAAGCCAUUUGGAAAAGGAUACAAAAAUUCUGGAGGCAGAAUGGCUUGUUAACUCUUUCUAUUCUCUCUGUUAUUACUGGAUGCCUUAUUGGAUUUCUACUAAGAAUUCUGCAACUCAGUGAUUUGGAGAAACAGUAUUUUUCCUUUCCUGGGGAACUGCUUAUGAGAAUGUUGAAAAUGCUAAUUCUGCCACUAAUAACUUCUAGUUUGAUGUCAGGCCUUGCAACUAUGGACUCUAAAGCCUGUGGCAGAAUGGGGAUAAUUACCAUCACAUACUAUCUCUGGACCACAUUCCUAGCAGUUGCAGUGGGCAUCAUCUUGGUAAUCACCAUCCACCCAGGAGCUGCAGCCCAGAAAGAAGAGUAUUUUGCGGGGAAGCCGGUCCUAAGUUCUGCUGAUGCCUUGCUGGAUUUAAUAAGGAAUAUGUUUCCUGCAAAUUUGAUUGAAGCAUCAUUCCAGCAGUAUAGGACAGUCCUUGUUCCAGUGGUGAAAUCACAAACUAAUCCAAAAUCCAGUGGCAAGUCAAUAAACUUUCUCUAUUUUGCACCCGAUGAUAUAAACCCUUUAAUUCAUCGACCAGUAAUAUUGGAAGUUACCCCAUCUCCAGACAUCCGAUACAAAACACUUCCUGGGACAAGUACAGAAAUGAAUGUCUUAGGAAUUGUUAUCUUCUCUGCUACAAUAGGUCUUCUUUUAGGCAAAAUGGGGGACAGAGGGACUCCCUUAGUCAAUGUUUGCCUGAGUCUUAAUGAAGCAGUGAUGAAAAUUGUUGCAGUGGCAGUUUGGUAUUUUCCCUUCGGGAUUGUUUUUCUCAUUGCUGGAAAGAUUUUAGAUAUGGAAGAGCCAUCAGUAAUUGGGAAGAAGCUUGGGAUGUAUGCUAUAACUGUCAUGGCAGGAUUAUUUAUACACGGCGUAUUGCUAUUGCCACUCUUGUUCCUUAUCAUAACGAGAAAGAAUCCCUUUGCAUUCAUUAAAGGGAUACUACAGGCUCUUCUGAUUGCCCUGGCUACUUCAUCAAGUUCAGCAACCCUGCCAAUAACAAUGAAAUGCCUUAUAGAAAACAACAAGAUAGACAGACGGAUAGCAAGAUUUGUGUUACCAGUUGGAGCUACUAUCAAUAUGGAUGGUACUGCAUUAUAUGAAGCUGUAGCUGCCAUAUUUAUUGCACAAGUAAAUGAAUAUGACCUUGAUUUAGGUCAAAUUAUUACAAUAAGCAUAACUGCAACCGCAGCAAGCAUAGGUGCUGCAGGCAUACCGCAGUCUGGGCUUGUUACAAUGGUUAUCGUACUUACGUCAGUUGGACUCCCUACUGAUGACAUCACAUUGAUUGUUGCAGUUGAUUGGGCACUAGAUAGGUUUAGGACAAUGACCAAUGUUCUUGGAGAUGCCCUGGCUGCAGGAGUUGUGGCCCAUAUAUGUAAGAAAGAUUUUGCUUCAUUUCCAGAAAAGCAGGAUCAAGUGGGCCAAGAAGAAGGGAGCAAUAUCAAGGAAGAAUCAGUACAUGUUGACAGCCACAUCAUGGAAAUGGUAGAAGAGGCAAUGUAUGAAAAGAGAAGAAUACAGUUCAAUGUUUGCUUGGUCUAAAUGGUGAUUUACUCUUUAUAUGACCUAACAGCUGAAUCAUCACAUAAAGAAUUCUUUUUAUGUAAAAACAGAAAAAGAUGGCAUCUUAUAUUUAUCAUAUCCAGAGGAUAUAAAUUACAUUAAUUUGUAAACCUGAUAAAAUAUUCACGGCUUUAUUGGAGCAACUGUGAUUUAAAAGCAAUGAUGACCCUCAUUUCUUUAAAGGACACUUGCCAGAUAUGUAAAACUGGAUAUGGAGUCCAUGUUGGUGGUUAUUUGACUGGCAGCAAUGCAGCCUCCUUCCUUCGUUCUAAUGACAGGGUACACAAAAUAUAAUAGGACAGUGUAUAAAAAAGUACAGCAUACAAAGCCCAUAAACAACUAUGCCUAUUUAAUGUUUUAUAACUUGCACACAGGACAGUGUUUACUGUUGAAAGCAGUGUAACCACUAUCAGUAAGAAACAUACAGUAAUAACAGGGCUCUAUUUAUUGUCCUCCAACCAUCACCACCAUCUAUAGAUAGGCAUCAUAUUUACAUCAAGCACAACAUAUGACAAAGGUUGCGAGUGCUGCUGAAGGCAUCAGUACUGUGCCAUUGCCAUAUUUAAAAGUUAUAAGGUAAUAGAAAUAAUGUACAGUACCUAAAUAGCAAUUAUCGUAAGCCCCCAAAAAUAUCAAAAUACUGGUGUGUGCCUAACCUCUUUGCAGAAACCCAACUACAUUUUUGUUUUCAUUGAAAUUAAGCUUUUUUUUUUUGGGCCAUUUUGUCUUUAAAUAGUCCUGCUGUCGGAAUACUCUGAGGAGACACCAGUCUGUGAUUAUCACAUUAAAAUAGCAGUGAAAGCUUAAUUUUUGAGGGAAGCAUAAAGCACGUGACAUUCAUUUUCAAGUAUUUAGACCUUUGAUAGGCUUAGAUUUUUGGUCAGCUGGGCCAUUUGACAUUUACAGAGCCCACAAGAAUCAGGUCAGUUGUACACUCUAUUCCUUUUCAAAUUUAUUUGAAACUGUAUAUUUUGUAACUCACUUUACAUACUAAUUACUCUAUAUAUAAAUCAUUAUCCACGUACAAAUAUUAAGCCUUUGUAAAAUAUAUAUAUAUAUAUAUCUCUUUUUUAAUGUAAAAGACAAUUAAACCUUGUAAAUAAAUUGCUG